AUGAUUUCUGAAAUACCACCCGCUCCAAAAGGAGUUAUAAGCUUUAUGGACACCUUUGAAAUAGAUGCGAAUGGUAUCCUCACAGUCACAUCGGAGAUAAUAUCAACUGGUAAGACUGAGAAACUCACGAUUACUAACGAAAAUGGAAGACUCUCAAAGGAACAAAUGGAGAAGAUGGUUAAAGAUGCUGAGAAGUACAAACAGGAGGACAUAGAAUACAAGAAGAAAGCAGAUGCAAUGAAUGCAUUGGAGGAUUGCAUAUACAACAUGAAGUAUAAGAUAAAAAAUAUGACGAGAGGUAAGAAGUUGAGGAAAAUGGAGGUUGCCAUUGCUGACACGACCAAGUGGAUCGAGCACAAUGAAGCUGCAUCUGUUGAUGAGGUUCAACGCAUGAAGGAUCAUCUGGAGUCUCUAUGCAUGGACGAGUUUUAG